GUGCCCCUAGUGGUGUGGAGUUAGAAAAAAUGGUACUACGCUAGUUCCGUGUAUCUGACAUGUAUCUGCCGGAGAGCGGAGCCCUCAGCUUCCUCAACACUGAUGGUGAAUAGCAGCUGGUGCGGUAACGGGAGGAGGAGCAGUAGCCGCAGAAGGAGACCCAGCAGUGGUAGUACAGCGGUAGUUUGGGAUUCAGUUUUCUAUCUUUUUACACCGACUUGUAACAUCGGAUCUCCCUAAAAAAAGAGAGCGGGGAAGGGAACAUUAAAGAAAGAUGGCGGCCGCGGCCUCGCCGGGCUCCUGCUCGUCCACCUCCUCAGACUGGAUUGUACUGAGAGACGGUUGUCUACGUUGCGACGAGGAGGGCCUGCGCAGCCUCACCUAUCACCCGGCCCUCAACGCUAUCCUGGCCGUAACAAGCCGGGGCAGUAUCAAAGUCAUCGACGGCACUUCAGGGGCCAUACUCCAGGCCUCGGCUUUGCACGCCAAACCUGGAGGGCGCGUGCGUUGGCCCUGUUUCCGCCUGUCUGAGGAGGAUGUGGUCCAGCUGGAGCUGCCCGUCACGGAGGCCCAGCAGAUGCUGUCCGCCUGCCUGGAGAAGGUGGACGUGUCGGGCGCGGAGGGAUACGACCAGUUCAUCACGCAGCUGAAGGACGGGCUGAAGAAUACCUCACACGAGACGGCAGCCAAUCACAAAGUGGCCAAGUGGGCAACCGUGACCUUCCAUCUUCCACACAACGUGCUCAAAGUGGUCACCAGCGCCCUGGUGAACGAGCUGAAGAAGAUUAACCAGAACGUCGCUGCCUUGUCUGUGGCCUCGUCCAUCAUGGACAGGCUGUCCUACCUCUUACCCAGCGCUCGGCCCGAGCUGGGCGUGGGCCCGGGCCGCUCUGUAGAUAGAUCCUUAAUGUACAGUGAGGCUAAUAGGAGGGAAACGUUUACAUCGUGGCCCCACGCGGGCUACCGGUGGGCCCAGCCCGACCCCAUGGCCCAGGCAGGAUUCUACCACCAGCCGGCCUCCACAGGGGACGACCGGGCCAUGUGCUUCACCUGCAGCGUGUGCCUGGUGUGCUGGGAGCCCACAGAUGAACCCUGGUCCGAGCACGAGCGACAUUCCCCCAACUGUCCGUUUGUGAAAGGGGAGCACACUCAGAACGUCCCGCUGUCCGUCACCCUGGCGACCAGCCCCGCCCAGUUCCCCAGCGCCGACGGCUCCGAUAAGAUCGCCUGCUACGGUUUCGGCAGCUGCCCGCACUUCCUGGCCGCCGCCACCAAGCGGGGCAAGAUCUGCAUAUGGGACGUGUCCAAGCUCAUGAAGGUGCACUUGAAGUUUGAAAUCAACCCCUACGAUCCGGCGAUCUUGCGGCAGCUGAUCCUGUCGGGGAGCGAGCAGGGCCCGGGGGCGGAGUCCCGGAGGCCCACGCUCGCCUGGUUAGAGGACUCUUCCAGCUGCUCUGAUAUACCAAAACUGGAGGGAGACAGCGAUGAUCAGCUGGAAGACUCGGACAGCGAAGAGCAUUCCAGGUCAGAGUCUGUGACAGGUGAGGGCACGUCCAAAAGAGAGCAUGGAGGGAACCUGGCUGCGGCUUCAUGGUUGCCUGCACAGCCCGAGAAGCUGCAGUGGGAGGUGGUGGCCAGCGUGCUGGAGGACACCGUCAAGGACCUGGAGGAGCUGGGCGCCAACCCCUCGCUGGCCCAGGCCAAGGCCGACAAGGCCAAGGACAAGCCUGCCGAGCACCACAACAUUCCCUUCCCCUGCCUGCUGGCGGGGGGGCUGCUGAGCUACCGCUCGGCCGCCGGCUCCCCCCUGGCCGCGCCCCCGCCCCCGCGCCGGCCCCUGGACGGCCUGGCCAGGACUCAGGGCCCCGAGGCCCCCGCCGACCCGGCGCCCAUGGAGAUCGAGGCGUGCGGGCCGCCCCCCCCGCCCCCGCCGCCCGCGGUGCGCAGGACUAUGCCCGUGCUGCUGCUCUACAGCAUCAAGGAGUCGGACGAGAAGUCGGGCAAGGUGUUCGCCCAGAUGAACAACCUGAUGAGCAAGAGCCUUCACGAGGAGGGCUUCUCCGUGCCGCAGAUCAUCGAGAUGGAGUUCGACACGCACGAGCAGCUGCUGCUGCAGGACCCGCCCAUCACCUACAUCCAGCAGUUCGCCGACGCCGCCGCCAGCCUGGCGGCGCUGGACGGCGACAAGUGGAGCUCGCUGGUGCCCAAGGCGGGCGCCCUGGUGCAGUGCCUGCGGCUGCCCAAGCCGCUGGAGGAGGAGAACCUGUACGUGGACUCCAUCACGCCCUGCACGGACGGCGUCCACCUGCUGGUGGGCCUGCAGCCCUGCUCGGUGGAGUCGCUCAGCGCCAUCAACCAGGUGGAGGCGCUCAACAACCUCAACAAGCUGCACUCGGCGCUGUGCGGGCGGGCGCCGGGCGAGCUGCAGACGCUGCCCGGCCUGGCCAACGGGACGGGGCUGCGGGGCCAGGCCCACGAGGGGCACGCCGGCGCGCCCGCCCCGACGCCGCUCAUCCUGCCGCCCGAGGAGCAGCCGCGCGCGCCCGGCGGCGGCUACCUGGCGCUCUACAAGCUCAACUACUCCACCCGCAUCGUCACGCUGGAGGAGGAGCCCGUCAAGGUGCAGCACAUCCGGGACGCCCGCGACGCCGUCACCUCGCUGCUGCUGCUCCCGCCGGACGUGCUGGACGGGCGGGAGGACGACAGCGACGAGGCGCUGGAGGAGACCCCCCCGGGGCUGAAGAACGGCACCUCCUCCUCCUCCUCUGCCGCCGCCGCCGCCGCCGCCGCCAAGGAGAAGCGGGGGGACGCGGCGGGGCUGGGCCACCUGGUGGUCACCACUCAGGGAGGGUGCAUCAUGAUCCUGGACCUCUCCAGCCUGGACGUCCUGGCCAGGGUGGAGCCGCCCAAGAAGGACGGGACCGAGGAGCCCGACCCCUUCGUUUCGGUCACCUACUGCUCCGGGACGGACCGGCUCUGCGCUUGCACUAAAGGUGGAGAACUUCAUUUCCUUCAAAUUGGAGGUGUGUGUGACGAUAUCGAUGACGGCGACAUAUUUGUCGAUGGCCCCCUUUCUAAAGGGGCAGAACAGCUGUCAGAAGGGACUAAGCCAUCCUCGAACCCUUCAAGUCCAGGGAUCACAGGAGUUGACCUUCUGGUGGACCAAACGCUGGGCGUGGAGACGCUGACGUCGCUGGUGGAGCUGACGCGCUUCGAGACGCUGACGCCGCGCUUCUCGGCCACGGUGCCGCCCUGCUGGGUGGAGGUGCAGCAGGAGCAGCAGCAGCGCCGCCACCCCCAGCACCUGCACCAGCAGCACCACGGGGACGCCGCCCAGCACACCCGCACCUGGAAGCUGCAGAGUGACAGCUCCAGCUGGGACGAGCACGUGUUUGAACUAGUCUUGCCCAAGGCCUGCAUGGUGGGCCAUGUAGACUUCAAGUUUGUCAUGAACGCCAACAUCACCAACAUUCCUCAGAUCCAGGUCACCCUGCUGAAGAACAAGGCCCCGGGCCUGGGCAAGGUUAACGAGACCGCAGUGGACAGGCAGAUCUCCUUCCCCCUGUCGCACGUUCUCCACGCCAACGGGGAGAGGAACGGACAGCCCCUGCUACACGACUUCACCGAAGACAUCCAGUUCAUGGACGUGGAGGAGACGCCGGGGUCAAGACUUUGCUCCUUUUUGGAGGACCAUAAGGAAGAUAUCCUUUGUGGGCCUGUGUGGUUAGCCAGUGGGCUUGACCUCUCCGGGCAUGCUGGGAUGUUGAGUCUAACAAGCCCCAAACUAGUCAAAGGCAUGGCCGGAGGCAAGUACCGCUCCUUCCUGGUGCACAUCAAGGCGGUGAGCGAGAAGGGCAUGGAGGAGAGCCCCCGGCCCGUGGUGAGGAUGCCCACGGCCAAGCCCCAGAGCAGCAAGGCCCACUCCUUAUCCUCGCUGCUGCAGCGGGCACAGGCCACCAAGGAGAAGGCCUCCACCUCCAAAACAGAGCCUCCACCCCCCUCCAAAAAACCGGACGACCUCCGCGGGUGCGCGCUCCUCCAGGAGGUGUCCGUCACCAUCCGGAGGUUCAAGAAGACCUCCGUACCCAAAGAGAGAGUCCAGCGCUGCGCCAUGCUCCAGUUCCCAGAGUUCCACGAGAAGCUGCUGAACAGCCUGUGCAAGCGGGCGGAGGAGCGGCCGUCCACAGAGCACUCCCAGAGCCUGGUGCUGGACAUCCUGUGCUGGCUGGCCGGGGUCUACUCCAACGGGCCCUGCAGCCUGCGGGAGGGCAAGGAGGGCCUGCUGACGAAGACGAGGAGGCGCCUGACGGACAUCGUCAGGGUGUGCUUCUUCGAGGCGGGCCGCAGCAUUGCCCACAAGUGCGCCCGCUUCCUGGCGCUGUGUAUCAGCAAUGGCAAAGGGGACCCCAGUCAGCAGGGGUUUGGAUCCGCCCUGCUCAAGGCCUUGCUGGACAACAUGCCUUACCUGCCUGCGGCAGCCACGGGCGGCUCCGUGUUCUGGUACUUCGUGCUGCUGAACUACGUGAAGGACGAGGACCUGGCGGGCUGCAGCACGUCCUGCGCCUCCCUGCUGACCGCCGUCUCCCGCCAACUGCAGGACCGGCUGACGCCGCUGGAGGCGCUGCUGCAGACCAGGUACGGUCUGUACAGCUCUCCCUUCGACCCGGUGCUGUUCGACCUGGAGGUCAGCGGCUCGUCCUGCAAGAACGCCUUCAACAGCAGCAUCGGUGUGCAGUCCGACGAGAUCGACCUGUCCGACAUUCUCUCAGGGAAUGGUAAGGUAAGCAGCUGUGCGGCGGCGGAGGGGAGCUUCACUGCGCUCACUGGGCUCCUGGAGGUGGAGCCGCUGCACUUUACUUGCGUCUCCACUAGUGACGGUACUAGGGUGGAGAGGGAUGAUGCAAGUAUGUUCACCGUGAGCACGUUCGGCGUGACCCCGGCGGUGGGCGGGCUCUCGGCGGGCACGGUGGGGGAGGCGUCCACGGCGCUCAGCUCGGCUGCGCAGGUGGCGCUGCAGUCGCUGUCCCACGCCAUGGUGUCUGCAGAGCAGCAGCUGCAGGUGCUGCAGGAGAAGCAGCAGCAGCUGCUCAAACUUCAGCAGCAGAAGGCCAAGCUGGAGGCCAAGCUGCAUCAGACCACCUCUGCGGCGGCGGCGGUGUCCGCGGUGGGGCCCAUCCACAACUCGGUGCCUUCCAACCCCUCCAGCGCCCCCGGCUUCUUCAUACACCCCUCCGACGUCAUCCCGCCCACUCCCAAGACCACGCCCCUCUUCAUGACCCCGCCCCUGACCCCGCCCAACGAGGCGGUGUCGGCCGCCAUCAGCGUGGAGCUGGCGCAGCUGUUCCCCGCCUCCAUCAUCGACCCGCCGCCCGUCAACCUGGCGGCGCACAACAAGAACACCAACAAGGCCAAGCCGAACCCAAUGGGCAGUGGCCUGGCUCUGGCCAUCUCCCAGGCGUCCCACUUCCUCCAGCCCCCGCCUCACCAGUCCAUCAUCAUCGAGCGCAUGCACUCCGGAGCCCGGCGGUUCGUGACGCUGGACUUUGGCCGGCCGGUCCUGCUGACGGACGUGCUGAUCCCCACCUGCGGCGACCUGGCCUCCCUGUCCAUCGACAUCUGGACCCUGGGGGAGGAGGUGGACGGGCGCCGCCUGGUGGUGGCCACCGAUAUCAGCACGCACUCGCUGAUCCUGCACGACCUCCUGCCCCCGCCCGUCUGCAGGUUCAUGAAGAUCACUGUGAUUGGGCGGUACGGCAGCACGAACGCGCGGGCCAAGAUCCCGCUGGGCUUCUACUACGGCCACACCUACAUCCUGCCGUGGGAGAGCCCGAUGCACCUGGCCAUGAUGGUUGGCCUGCAGGAGGACAUCCAGUGCAGGUACAACCUGGCAUGCCACCGGCUGGAGACCCUGCUGCAGAACAUCGACCUGCCGCCGCUCAACAGCGCCAACAACGCGCAGUACUUCCUGCGCAAGCCGGACAAGGCGGUGGAGGAGGACACGCGCGUGUUCUCGGCCUACCAGGACUGCAUCCAGCUGCAGCUGCAGCUCAACCUGGCGCACCACGCCGUGCAGCGGCUGCGCGUCUCCCUGGGCGCCAGCCGCAAGCAGCUGCCCGACGCCUACGACCCCCGGGAGCUGAUCCAGAACUCGUCCACCGAGCAGCUGCGCACCAUCAUACGCUACCUGCUGGACACGCUGCUCAGCCUGCUGCACUCCUCCAACGGCCACUCGGUGCCCUCGGUGCUGCAGAGCACGUUCCACGCCCAGGCCUGCGAGGAGCUCUUCAAGCACCUGUGCAUCAGCGGCACGCCCAAGAUCCGGCUCCACGCCGGGCUGCUCCUGGUGCAGCUGUGCGGCGGGGAGCGCUGGUGGGGCCAGUUCCUGUCCAACGUCCUGCAGGAGCUGUACAACUCCGAGCAGCUGCUCGUCUUCCCCCAGGACAGGGUCUUCAUGCUCCUGUCCUGCAUCGGCCAAAGAUCCCUGAGCAACAGCGGCGUGCUGGAGGGCCUGCUCAACCUGCUGGACAGCCUGCUGUCGCCCCUCCAGCAGCCCGCCGCGGCCGCCGCCGCCCAGUGGCGCACCGAAGGUGUGCUGGACAUCCCCAUGAUCAGCUGGGUGGUGAUGCUGGUGUCCCGGCUGCUGGACUACGUGGCCAGCGUCGAGGACGAGGCCGCCGCCGCCAAGAAGCACCUGGGCGGCAAAGAACGCGACCGCGUCAUCACAGGGAAUCAGUGGAGCUUUAUAAACAACAGCCUUCAGUCCCAGAACCUGAACAGAUCGACCAAAGGCAACAGCAGCCUGGACCGCUUGUACUCGAGGAAGAUCCGCAAACAGCUGGUCCACCACAAGCAGCAGUUAAAUUUAUUGAAAGCAAAACAGAAAGCUCUGGUGGAGCAAAUCGAGAAGGAGAAGAUCCAGAGCAACAAGGGCUCCUCUUACAAGCUGCUGGUGGAGCAGGCCAAGCUGAAGCAAGCCACGUCUAAGCACUUUAAGGACCUGAUCCGGCUGCGGCGGACGGCGGAGUGGCCGCGCUCCACGCUGGACACGGAGGCCACGGCGGCCAAGGAGGCGCCGGAGGUGGAGCCGCUGCCCUUCACGCUGUCGCACGAGCGCUGCAUCUCCGUGGUGCAGAAGCUCGCCCUCUUCCUGCUCUCCAUGGACUUCACCUGCCACGCCGACCUGCUGCUCUUCGUCUGCAAGGUUUUGGCCAGGAUCGCCAAUGCCACCAGACCCACAAUCCACCUGUGCGAGGUGGUGAGCGAGCUGCAGCUGGAGAGGCUGCUGCUGUUGCUGGUGGGGACUGACUUCAACAGGGGGGACAUCUCCUGGGGUGGGGCCUGGGCCCAAUUCUCCCUCACCUGCAUGGUGCAGGACAUCCUGGCAGGUGAACUGCUGUCCCCGGUGUCGCUGGAGGGGAUGGAGGAGGGCGCCGUUGGCGAGGAGGCGGGGGCGUCGGCCGGGGAUUCGGACGACUCCCUCCCUCAGCCGACCCCCAUCCCCCUGGUGGAGACCAUGGACGAGGCGCUGGCCCCGGACAUGAUCUCAGGUGCUCCACCUCUAUCAUCUUUGGAAAAAGAUAAAGACAUAGACUUUGACUUGCUACAAGACCUCAUGGAUGUUGAUAUUGAUCCUUUAGAUAUUGAUUUGGAAAAAGAUCCCCUCGCCGCCAAAGUCUUUAAGCCUAUUAGCAGCACCUGGUAUGAUUACUGGGGCGCUGACUACGGCACGUAUAGUUACAAUCCUUACGUAGGGGGCGUGGGCAUCCCCGCGUCCAAACCGCCAGUCGCCACCGAGAAGCCUGGGUCCCAGAGCCUCUCUGUGUCUGUGUCGCAAGCGCUGGACGCCCGUCUGGAGGUGGGCCUGGAGCAGCAGGCUGAGCUCAUGCUGAAGAUGAUGGCCACACUGGAGGCCGACUCCAUCCUGCAAGCGCUGACCUCCACCUCCCCCACAGUGUCUCAGUCUGCCAACGGCACGGACGACUCCCUGCUGCGGGGGCUCCACGGCUCCCCCCCGGGCAGUGGGCUGAUGGUACAGUCCUCCUCCAUCCCCAUGCUGAGUGCCUGCUUUAACAAGCUCUUUUCCAUGCUCCAGGUGCACCACGUGCAGCUGGAGUCCCUGCUGCAGCUCUGGCUCACGCUGAGUCUCAACUCGUGCUCUGGGGGCAGCGAGGAGAGCAGCUCCGACGUCUUCUUAUUCAACGCCAGCCGAGUACCCACAAUCCCCCUCAACCAAGCCUCCAUCAGCAGCUUCCUGACGGUGCUGGCCUGGUACCCCAACACCUCGCUGCGCACCUGGUGCCUGGUGCUGCACAGCCUGACGCUCAUGACCAACAUGCAGCACAGCCCCGGCUCCAGUAACGGGAUGGGGGCCCCGGAGAGCACGGCCCAGCAGAUGGUCUCGGACCCCACGCUCGUGCACGUCCUCGUGCGCUUCCUGUCCGGAGGCAACCCCCACGGCACCAGCCAGCACAGCUCUCAGGUUGGGCCCACAGCAACACAAGCUAUGCAAGAGUUUCUCACCAGACUUCAAGUGCACCUUUCCUCAACCUGCCCCCAGAUGUUCAGUGAAUUCCUGCUCAAACUCAUGCACAUAUUAUCAACCGAAAGGGGGCCGUUCCAGUCGGGCCAAGGCCCGCUGGACGCGCAGGUGAAGCUGCUGGAGUUCACGCUGGAGCAGAACUUCGAGGCGGUGUCGGUGAGCACCAUCGCGGCGGUCAUCGAGUCCAUCACCUUCCUGGUGCACCACUACAUCACGUGCGCGGACAAGGUGGUGUCGCGCAGCGGCUCCGACAGCUCGGUGGGCGCCCGCGCCUGCUUCGGCGGCCUGUUCGCCAACAUCAUCCGGCCCGGCGACGCCAAGGCGGCGUUCGGCGAGAUGACGCGCGACCAGCUGAUGUUCGACCUGCUGAAGCUGGUCAACGCGCUGGUGCAGCUGCCGCUGUCGGCCGACCGCGAGCACAGCGGGCGCCUGCCCGCCGCCGGCAGCGCCGCCUCCGACAGCGUCUCCGACGAGGAGAAGGUCUGCGGCAGCAAGGAGGGCCCCGCCGGGGCCGCCGCCGCCCACCAGGGCCCUGCCGCCGGCGUGGCCGACCUGGUGCUGGCCAACCAGCAGAUCAUGAGCCAGAUCCUGUCCGCCCUGGGCCAGUGCAACAGCAGCGCCAUGGCCAUGAUCAUAGGUGCCAGCGGCCUCCACCUGACCAAGCACGAGAACUUCCACGGCGGGCUGGACGCCAUCUCCGUGGGCGACGGGCUCUUCACCAUCCUCACCACGCUGAGCAAGAGGGCCACGUCGGUGCAGGUCAUGCUGCAGCCCAUCCUCACCUACAUGGCCUGCGGGUACAUGGGCCGGCAGGGCUCUCUGUCCACCUGCCAGCUGUCUGAGCCUCUGCUCUGGUUCAUCCUGAGGGUGCUGGACACCAGCGAGGCUCUCAAGGCCUUCCAUGACAUGGGCGGGGUGCAGCUGAUCUGUAAUAACAUGGUGACGAGCACGCGGGCCAUCGUCAACACGGCGCGCAGCAUGGUCUCCACCAUCAUGAAGUUCCUGGACUCGGGUCCGGGGAAGGCUGCGGACGGCAGCCUGAAGGCCCGCGUGCUGGCCUCCGAGCCCGACAACGCCGAGGGGCUGCACAACUUCGCCCCGCUCGGCACCAUAACCUCCAGCAGCCCUACGGCCCAGCCGGCGGAGGUGCUGCUGCAGGCCACGCCCCCGCACCGCCGCGCCCGCUCCGCCGCCUGGUCCUACAUCUUCCUGCCGGAGGAGGCGUGGUGCGACCUGACCAUCCACCUGCCCGCCGCGGUCCUCCUGAAGGAGCUGCACAUCCAGCCCCACCUGGCCUCGCUCGCCACCUGCCCCUCCUCGGUUUCCGUGGAGAUCAGCGCAGACGGGGUGAACAUGCUGCCCCUCUCCACGCCGGUCCUCACCAGCGGCCUCACCUACAUCAAGAUCCAGCUGGUGAAGGCGGAGGUGGCGUCGGCCGUGUGCCUGAGGCUCCACCGGCCCCGCGACGCCAGCACCCUGGGCCUGUCCCAGAUCAAGCUCCUGGGUCUCACCGCCUUCGGGAACACCUCCUCCGCCACCGUCAACAACCCCUUCCUGCCCUCCGAGGACCAGGUCUCCAAAACCAGCAUCGGCUGGCUGCGGCUGCUGCACCACUGCCUGACGCACGUGAGCGACCUGGAGGCCAUGAUGGCGAGCGCGGCGGCGCCCACCGCCAACCUGCUGCAGACCUGCGCCGCCCUGCUCAUGUCGCCCUACUGCGGCAUGCACUCGCCCAACAUCGAGGCCGUGCUGGUGAAGAUCGGCCUGCAGUCCACCCGCAUCGGCCUCAAGCUCAUCGACAUCCUGCUGCGCAACUGCGCCGCCUCCGGCACCGACCCCGCCAAUUUAAACAGUCCUCUACUCUUUGGAAGGCUAAACGGCCUGUCCUCCGACUCCACCAUCGAUAUCCUCUACCAGCUUGGGACGACGCAAGACCCUGGGACCAAAGACAGGAUCCAGGCCCUGCUGCAGUGGGUCCAGGACUCCUCGCGCGUGGCGGCCCUGAAGAGGAGCGGUCACAUGGGCUACGUCAGCUCCAGCGGCUCCCCGAGGGAGUACGGCCUGCUCAUGCCCUCGCCCUCCCACCUGCACUGCGUGGCGGCCAUCUUGUGGCACAGCUACGAGCUGCCCGUGGACUACGACCUGCCCGUGCUGCUCAACAGGGAGCUCUUCGAGCUGCUGUACGGCUGGUCCAUGUCCCUGCCCUGUAACAUGGUGCUGAAGAAGGCGGUGGACAGCCUGCUGUGCUCCAUGUGUCACAUCCACCCCAGCUACUUCUCCCUGCUGAUGGGCUGGAUGGGCAUCAUCGCCCCGCCCCCGGCGCGCUCCCAGGCCCAGCACCGCCUCUCCAUGACCGACGACGGCAAGAAGCAGCAGGACCUGAGCGCGGCGGCGCAGACGGACGACUCCAAGCACGCGCAGGCGCCCAUCACGCUGUCCGAGUCGCAGCUGGCCACGCUGGCGGCCGCCUCGCAGUCGCCGGAGGCCAUCAAGCAGCUGCUGGACUCGGGCCUGCCGUCGCUGCUGGUGCGCAGCCUGGCCAGCUUCUGCUGCGGCCUGCUGUCCAGCUCCGACCUGCCGCUGCCCGCGCCCGCCGAGCCGCCCGCCGGCUCCGAGCGCGCCCGGCGCCACCACGCCGCGCCGGCGGCCAGCCGCAUGCCCCUGACGGCCGAGCUGGUGGCGCCCGUGCUGCGCUUCCUCACCGACGUGGGCAACAGCCACGCCAUGAAGGACUGGCUGGGCGGGCCCGAGGUGAACCCGCUGUGGACCGCCCUCCUCUUCCUCCUCUGCCACUCCAGCGCCAGCGCCGGCGGCGGCCACGCCCAUGCCGCCUCCGCCCCGCCCCCGCAGCCCUCGGGCUCCCGCUAUUCGCUGGCCUCCUCGGCCCGCGGGGGCGGGCUCACCACGCAGCAGAGGACGGCCAUCGAGAACGCCACCGUGGCCUUCUUCCUGCAGUGCAUCUCCUGUCACCCCAACAACCAGCGGCUCAUGGCCCAGGUGCUGUGCGAGCUCUUCCAGUCGGCCCCGCAGCGGGGGAACGUGCCCAUCUCCGGCAACAUCUCCGGCUUCAUCCGCCGCCUCUUCCUGCAGCUCAUGCUGGAGGACGAGAAGGUCACCGUCUUCUUGCAGUCCCCCUGCCCGUUGUACAAGGGCCGCAUCAACGCCACCAGUCAUGUGAUCCAGCACCCGAUGUACGGAGCGGGGCACAAGUUCCGCACCCUGCACCUCCCCAUCUCCACCACCCUCGCUGAAGUAUUGGACCGGGUGUCAGACACCCCGAGCAUCACAGCCAAGCUGAUCAACGAGCAGAAGGAGGACAAGGAGAAGAAGAACCACGAGGAGAAGGAGAAGAUGAAGGCCGACAGCGGCUUUCAGGACAACUACAGCGUGGUGGUGGCCUCAGGCCUCAAGUCCCAGUCGAAGAGGGCGGUCUCCACCCCGCCCCGCCCCCCUUCUAGGCGGGGCCGGGUGAUGAGCGACAAGCUCACGGCCUCGUCGGGGGUGGACUCCUCCUCCAAAACCAUCAGCGUGCCCGUCUUCCACCUCUACCACAAGCUCCUGCCAGGUCAGCCCCUCCCUGCGGAGAUGACCCUGGCCCAGCUCCUCACCCUCCUGUACGACCGCAAGCUGCCCCAGGGCUACCGCUCCAUCGACCUGACGGUCAAACUGGGCUCCAAGGUCAUCUCCGACCCCGGCCUCUCCAAAACAGACUCCUUCAAGCGCCUGCGCACCGAGAAAGAGCACGCGGACAUGCUGAACGCCUGCCCAGAGGACGAGCCCAUGGCGGCGGGCGAGGACGGCCUGGAGGCCGCCAUCGACGAGUCGCUGCUGGAGACCGGGCCCAUCCAGUCGCCCCUGCAGGUGUUCGCCGGGAUGGGGGGCCUGGCGCUGAUCGCCGAGAGGCUGCCCAUGCUGUACCCCGACAUCAUCCAGCAGGUAAGCCCCCAAAUGCUGUACCCCGACAUCAUCCAGCAGCACCAGGAGAAGCCAGACAGCGACCAGUUCGAGUGGGUGACCAUCGAGCAGUCGGGCGAGCUGGUGUACGAGGCGCCGGAGACCAUCGCGGCCGAGCCGCCGCCCAUCAAGUCGGCGGUGCAGACCAUGUCGCCCAUCCCCGCCCACUCGCUGGCCGCCUUCGGCCUCUUCCUCAGGCUGCCCGGCUACGCCGAGGUGCUGCUGAAGGAGCGGAAGCACGCCCAGUGCCUGCUGCGCCUGGUGCUCGGCGUCACCGACGACGGCGAGGGCAGCCACAUCCUGCAGUCGCCGUCGGCGAACGUGUUACCCACGCUGCCCUUCCACGUGCUGCGGACGCUGUUCAGCACCACGCCCCUCACCACGGACGACGGCGUGCUGCUGCGCCGCAUGGCUCUGGAGAUCGGCGCCAUCCACCUGAUCCUGGCCUGCCUGUCCGCCCUCAGCCACCACGCGCCCCGCAUCCCCAACGCCAGCGCCAACCAGGCUGAGCCUCAGAUGUCCAGCGGGCACGCGGGCGGCACCAGCGAGGAGCAGCAGCUGUACUGGGCCAAGGGCACCGGCUUCGGCACGGGCUCCACCGCCUCGGGCUGGGACGUGGAGCAGGCCCUCACCAAGCAGCGCCUGGAGGAGGAGCACGUCACCUGCCUGCUGCAGGUCCUGGCCAGCUACAUCAACCCGGCGGGCUGCGCGGGCCCCGGGGGGGAGGCCCCCGCGGGGGAGGGCCGGGGCCACAACAGCAACGCCCUGCCCCCGGUGCUGCAGGAGCUGCUGAGCCAGUCCUGCCUGAUCCCGGCCAUGUCGUCCUACCUGCGCAACGACUCCGUGCUGGACAUGGCGCGGCACGUGCCCCUGUACCGGGCCCUUCUGGAGCUCCUGCGGGCCAUCUCCACCAGCACCGCCCUGGUGCCCCUGCUGCUGCCCCUCUCGGGCGACCCUGGCGACGAGGAGGAGGAAGAGGAGCGCUCCGAGUGCCAGACCUCAGUGGGCAUGCUGCUGGCCAAGAUGAAGACCUGCGUGGACACCUACACCAACCGGCUCAGGUCGAAGAAGGACAAGAGCAAAGGGGUGGCGAAGGCGGAGUCCUCGGACCCGGAGCCCGAGGGCCUGACCCUGCUGGUGCCCGACAUCCAGAAGACGGCCGAGAUCGUCUACGCCGCCACCACCAGCCUGAGGCAGGCCAACCAAGAGAGGAAGCUGGCCGAGUCUUCCAAGAAAGCCUCCACCCGACCCAAGCCCCUCUCCAUCCUGCGUUCCCUGGAGGAGAAGUACGUGGCCGCCAUGAAGAAGCUGCAGUUCGACACCUUCGAGAUGGUCUCGGAGGACGAGGACGGCAAGCUGGUGUUCAAGGUCAACUACCACUACAUGUCUCAGGUGAAGAACGCCAGCGAUGCCAACAGCGCCGCCCGCGCCCGCCGCCUGGCGCAGGAGGCCGUCACCCUCUCCACCUCGCUGCCCCUGUCGUCCUCGUCCAGCGUCUUCGUGCGCUGCGACGAGGAGCGGCUGGACAUCAUGAAGGUCCUCAUCACCGGUCCUGCUGACACGCCCUAUGCCAACGGCUGCUUCGAAUUCGACGUGUACUUUCCCCAGGACUACCCCAACUCGCCCCCCCUGGUGAACCUGGAGACCACUGGGGGGCACAGCGUGCGCUUUAACCCAAAUCUUUACAACGACGGCAAAGUGUGUUUAAGUAUACUCAACACCUGGCAUGGGAGACCGGAGGAGAAGUGGAACCCUCAAACCUCUAGCUUUUUACAGGUGCUGGUGUCGGUGCAGUCCCUCAUCCUGGUGGCAGAGCCCUACUUUAACGAGCCCGGGUACGAGCGCUCCCGCGGCACGCCCAGCGGCACGCAGAGCUCCCGCGAGUACGACGGCAACAUCCGCCAGGCCACCGUCAAGUGGGCCAUGCUGGAGCAGAUGCGCAACCCGUCGCCCUGCUUCAAAGAGGUGAUCCACAAGCACCUGUACCUGAAGAGAGCGGAGAUCAUCGCUCAGUGCGAGGAGUGGAUCGCCGACAUCCAGCAGUACAGCAGCGACAAGCGUGUGGGCCGCACCAUGUCCCACCACGCCGCCGCGCUCAAGAGGCACACGGCCCAGCUGAGAGAGGAGCUUCUGAAGCUGCCCUGUCCCGAGGGCCUGGAGCCCGACGGAGAAGAGUUCUCAGAGAAGAGCGUGGCCCUCCUGGCCAAGGAGCCGCCCAAUCAGGACGCGGAGAAGCCGAGUGGCAGCCAGGACGCCCACUGCAGCGACGGCCAGCUAUGAGCUCCUCCCACAACCUCCCCCUGACCCGCCCACCCGACCCCCCGGGCCACUCCUCCUCGCCACUCUUACUAUUGAUAUUAAAUAGACUUGAUGGCUUCGAAGCACAAGCCAACAUUUUGUCAAUAUUUGUAUGUAAGAAUCUAAUUAAGUAAUAUCUAAAAAUGAGAAGGAAAAAAAGAAACAAAACAAAAAAACACACACCUGACGAAAGGAAGAGAAAAAAGACAAAAAUCCCACAAAACUAUGCUAUGCCCAUAAUAAGACAGUCCAAACAAACAAAAUUAUCUUUUAUUUACCUGUAAAAGAGUGUAAACUUUUUUGUGCUUUUAUUUUUCAAUUGUGAAAUAACCACUGAUUGGUAUGUUAUUAAACUUGUUUAUGUAUACAUAAUGGCAGAGGAAAUCACGAAUAUAUAAGGGAACUACCUUUAGAAAAGAAUGUUUACUGAAUGUUAAUUUACAUUUUUUUUUGACUGUUAGUGCAAGGACAGUUGUAACCAAGAAUAUAUUGGUCAUUCUUUAAGGAUACUAUUUAAAAGAAAAAGUUUAAAACACAUACACUUCUUCAAUUUAAGGAAUCUUCUGGUUGCCCAUUUACAUUGCUUAUUUGAUUUCUACAGACUCCUGUAUACUUCAAUAAAGGCUUGAAUGGACAUUCUUUAUCGCUAUGGUUACUCGUUACCUUUUUACUGGGCGGAUGACAUGUUCAGUAAAAUGCGUACACUGAUAUUUUUUUUUCUUUGCCUCACUAAUUCUAAAUGCAAGUUUAAUAAAUGCAACCUGUUUUACUUUGCUCGAA